GCUUCCCCAACCCACGUUUGCUAGAUUUGGCCUGUUUUUGUUAUCCUCAUGUUUAGCCGGUUGUAUUCCGGCUUAAUAUCUUUUGCCUGUUAGGGUUUUUAUUCGAUUCGCCUUCCACAAUGCCGACAGGGGCGUCGGAGGUGGAGGAUGGGGUUCAGUACUCGUUUGCUGUAGAGUAUAAAGGUCCUCCGGUGAGUUAUGAUCUCCCGAAGGCAGUUCCGAUCAACGUCGACAGAAUCCCCGUGGCGGCGGUGGUCGGACAGCUGGAUGUUUGUGAUAAACUGUCGUUGCCGGUGGUCCAGCCGGUUCUGGCGCCCGGUUCGCUGAUGAAGACGUUUUCGAAGGAGCUGAAGUCGACGGUGUCGCCUACUUCAGUGAUUGCGUUCGAUCGGAGCAGCGAGGACGACACCACCAAGGAGCUGGAAGGGUUGGAGUCGGCGACGGUUUCGCCGACGUCGGUGAGUGGAUUUGAGGAGAGAGCGGUAGAGAGCGGCGCCGGGGGUGAGUUGUCCGGAGAGUUGAGUAGCUCCGGCGCGCUGGAGUUUUCGAAUGGGUUGAAUUACGGGUCGGGUGAGCUUUCCGAUAUGAACAAUGGCGGUUGGGCUUGGAGCGGUGGAAGACUGACGGCUCCGAGCGUUGGGAAGGAGAGUUUGGAUUUGAACAGCGAAUUGAAUCAACCCGAGCCCGAUUGGGCUUCGUCGGAGUCCGUUUUGAGCUUGGACUAUCCGUCGUCUAGGGUCUCCUCCUCCACUAAGCCUGUAGACUCCGAUGUAAAACGACCGCCGGUGGUGACAUUUCGCGACAUUCAGUCUGAUGAUGAUUGUGGUGAGGAAGAUGAGGCUGAGGUUGCGCCGGCGAAGCGGGAGCCUCAGAGCAAAGGAGGGAAGAAGAAGUGCUGUUAUAGGUGUCUUAAGGGGACUAGGUUCACUGAGAAGGAGGUGUGCAUUGUCUGUGAUGCUAAGUAUUGUAGUUGCUGUGUGCUUAGAGCUAUGGGGUCGAUGCCUGAAGGGAGGAAGUGUGUGGGUUGUAUUGGGCUUCCGAUUGAUGAGAGCAAAAGAGGGUGUUUGGGGAAGUGUUCGAGGAUGCUCAAGCGGCUGCUGAAUGAUUUGGAGGUUCGGCAGGUGAUGAAGACCGAGAAGUUUUGUGAAGCAAAUCAGCUGCCUCCGGAUUACAUUUGUGUGAAUGGACAGCCUCUUUGUCAUGAGGAGCUGGUUUUGUUACAGACGUGCUCAAACCCUCCGAAGAAGCUGAAACCAGGAAACUAUUGGUAUGAUAAAGUUUCUGGACUUUGGGGAAAGGAAGGACAGAAGCCUUCAAAGGUAAUCAGUCCCCAUCUUAGUGUUGGGGGUCCCAUCAAGGCUGAUGCUAGCAAUGGCAACACACAGGUUUACAUAAAUGGCCGGGAGAUUACCAAAGUUGAGCUCAGGAUGUUGCAGUUGGCGGGAGUUCAAUGUGCUGGUAACCCGCAUUUCUGGGUGAAUGAGGAUGGGUCAUACCAAGAGGAGGGCCAGAAAAAUACUAAAGGAUACAUAUGGGGCAAGGCUGGAACCAAGCUUGUUUGUGCUGUCUUGUCACUGCCAGUCCCGUCUAAGUCUUCGAAUUCUUGUGGAGAUUCACUAAGCUAUGUUGGUAGCAGAGUUGUACCAGAUUACAUUGAGCAGAGAAUACUUCAGAAAAUUCUUUUAGUUGGAUAUAAUGGAUCUGGAACAAGUACUAUAUUCAAACAGGCCAAGAUUCUAUAUAAAGCCAUCCCUUUCUCGGAAGAUGAGCGUGAAAAUAUCAAGUUUACAAUACAGAGCAAUGUAUAUGGCUAUCUUGGUAUACUACUGGAGGGACGUGAGCGUUUUGAAGAGGAAAGUUUGGCUGAAAUCAGAAAUCAAUGUUCUUCCAGUCAGUUGGAUGUUAGUGGGAAAAACGACAAAACUGUUUACUCCAUUGGCCCGAGACUGAAAGCGUUUUCUGAUUGGCUUCUCAAGACGAUGGUAUCAGGUGAUCUGGAAGCCAUUUUCCCAGCUGCUACUCGCGAAUAUGCACCACUGGUCGAGGAGUUGUGGAAUGAUUCUGCUGUUCAAGCUACAUACAAGCGGAGAAGUGAAUUGGAAAUGUUACCUAGUGUUGCUACUUAUUUCAUAGAGAGGGCUGUUGACAUAUUGAGAGUUGACUAUGAGCCCUCGGAUCUGGAUAUUCUGUACGCUGAAGGUGCUACUUCUUCGAAUGGGCUCGCUUGUGUAGACUUCUCAUUUCCUCAGUCAGCAUCUGAAGAUAACAUCAAUAGUAAUGAUCAGCAGGACUCCUUGCUAAGGUACCAACUUAUUAGAGUAAAUGCAAGAGGACUUGGAGAAAACUGCAAAUGGUUGGAGAUGUUUGAAGAUGUUGGAAUGGUCAUCUUCUGUGUAUCUUUGAGUGACUAUGAUGAGUUUUCUGUGGAUGGCAAUGGGUCUUUUUCAAACAAGAUGCUGCAGACCAGAAGUUUCUUUGAGAGCAUCAUUACUCAUCCAACAUUUGAACAGAUGGACUUCCUUUUGAUUCUUAACAAGUUUGACGUGUUUGAGGAAAAGGUAGAACGGGUACCACUUGCUCAGUGUGACUGGCUUGAUGAUUUCCGUCCAGUGAUUAGCCGUCAUCGGUCCAACAGCAAUAACAGCAGCAACAACAUCAAUAGUAGCCCGUCACUUGGUCAUCUAGCAGCCUACUACAUUGCAGUGAAGUUCAAGAGGUUAUAUUCUUCUCUAACUGGAAAGAAACUGUAUGUUUCUCUGGUGAAAGGAUUGCAGCCUAAUAGUGUAGAUGCAGCUCUGAAAUAUUCGAGGGAGAUUUUAAAAUGGGAUGAAGAGAGAGGCAAUUUCGGCUUUGAUUAUAACUCUGUCUACAGCACCGAGGCAAGCUCUUAUUGACAUUGAUGUCAAAUUGACAAGGCUCGUAAAUGAGUUUGACUUCGGUGGGAGACCAAAGUAAAUCCACUGUAAAUGUAAUGGUUUGUAUAUGAGCAUUAGAAACUUUGUUCCUUUUUCACCAGACCUGUCCUUGCGGGUUUAAGAUAUGAAAGAUGAUAAUAUGAAGCAAUUACGGGAUACAGUUGAUUUUCA